GACAGUAAAGUCAAACCAGCUCUCCUCUAAUGUUAUUUGUGACUUGCAGCUGCACCGACGUGAAUCCAGCUGCAGCUCAGUGCACAGCCAGAACCGCCUGCUGUAACCGGGUCGCCCUGCAGCCCGUCAUCACAGACCUGGUGCAGAGUCUUUUGCCAAGGCUUAGUGGGAAGGUGGACGUCGUCCUCUUCAAUCCUCCAUAUGUGGUCACUCCAUCAGAAGAGGUGGGCAGCAGAGGUGUAGAGGCGGCGUGGGCCGGAGGAGAGCGAGCCAGACGGGUCACCGACAGGUUCCUCCCUCUGGUUCCUCAGCUGCUCUCCAGUAAAGGCCUGUUUUACCUCGUCACCAUCGCCGAGAACAAGCCAGAGGAGAUUAUCAGUUUAAUGAGCCAGUUUGGGCUGGAAGGAGAGACCCGCCUGUCAACCAGAGCUGGGAAUGAGAGGUUGUCGGUCCUGCGUUUCCAUAGAAACCAGCAGAGGUGACGGGAAAUCAUUUCAGGAAGGAACCAAUAGUUUCAGGAGUCUGGGAGAUGUGACUGUAACCGACCUGAACACUGAGGCCCCAGAGCGCCCCCUGCAGGAUCUGCUGCACCAUCACCGUUUCCAGCAGCAAAUCAAUCAUCUGUUGGUCCAGACAGAAAAGUUGAAGCUGUCAGUGAAGCAGAUCAGAAGCUGAGCAGCAGAAACCCAGAAGAACUGGAAGCAUCAGCAGGAGAUGAACUGGACCUCUAGGAUCACUGAUGCUGCAGCUGAGGAAGAGGAGGACGAUGAAGGUGAAGCUGCCAUCCUCAGACUUCCUGUUUAUCAACCCAAGAAAGCAGAAAACCUGCAGAAAAUCAGCUGAAGAAGAACCACGAGGAGCUGGAGUCGUCCGGCGCCCUCUAGUGGCUGAUUGAACUACUGCACUGGGAGAACUGGACCUCGACGCUACUGCAGCUCAGCGGCUGGUUUCUCUCUGAAUGGACCAAUCAGAACCAAAGAGGAUUCAGCUCUGAGACAAUCAUUUACAACUACAUACAGUAGUUACACAUAUGUACAACAUGUUAGCGUUUCUAAACACUUAGAGUUUAGAAAACAUAAAAAACUAUCAGGAGUUGUCAGAGGAAAGUUUUAAAACAUUAAAACUUAACCUUUGAAAUGAAACCAUAUAAUUGUUUACUAAAAUAUUUCUUCAUUGCUCCUGUAACAAUAAAACUUAAUAAAUAUCUUGUGUUUUUAUUAGACCUUUAUAUCAGUGUUUUCAGAGUCCAGGUUUCAUUUAUUAGAGAAACUCAACAUCUGCUUUAUUAUAAAUACAUUUUCUUUCUAGUUUUCCUUUUUUUCUUUUAAAAAAAAGGAAACCCACCUAAAUUUAAAACAAAUUUAAAACAGUGAUAUCUAACAUAUUAUGUCUUGACUGUCUGGUUGUUGAUUCUCAGUUGUCUAAAGUAGGUUUGAUUCAUUUUUCAUCAGGAUGUUUUAAGAGGCUACGAAGAGCUUUAAAAACCCAACUUACCGCAGAGAUGAGAUAUUAUCCCACUUUCUCAGUCAGGAGAACAUCCGAUUGGCUGGUCAGUGUCCUGCUGGUUCUGUCUUAUCUCUACCUGCUGUAGAAAUGAACCGAUUCAUCUAAUUCAUCUAGGAGGGGUGGAAGUGUGUCAUUAAAGAGAGAAAUAGGAAAAAACUGCAUCAUAUAUGGUAUAUUUAUGAUGUAAUAGUUAACAAUACGGGGUUUAUAAUUACCUGACUGAUAUGAAAAUGCAUAUUUCACCAAACGCUAAAUAAUAAAUAACAUCACUUCAAAUCGGACCCAUACGGUCAGGAUAACAAUCGGGCCUCAGAUGGUAUACAGAAUAAGAAAUGGACUGUGGGUUUAAUGUAGAACAAGUCAAUUGACAAAAGUCAGGUAGACUCUGGGUCCAAGUGAUGCUUUUAUGGGCUAUUUGUUAUUGUAAAUGAUGACGUCAUUAGCUGACAUAAACAAGAUGAGGCUGCUGAAGGUUUGUUGCACCUUCUGGGUUUUUUUUCUUAUCUUGUUUUUGUUCCCAGUUCUUUUCUCAUUUCAUUUUCAAAUUAGAACAGAAAAAUCCUCACUUCUAUAAGUGAGCCCGGUGCUGGAAAUUGGACACGAUUCGCUUUUAAAUAUGCGAAUCGUACUCGGAAGCAUCAACUCAGCUUCUGAGUACAGAAGCGGUCAGCGGUCAUCAGCGUUUUUAUGAUUUGAUUUGUUUAGAACUUAUGUAAAGAAAACCACAAGUAUUAUAGACAUUUAGUUAUUAUUAUCGGUUACUUUCUGAAAGAUGUGAAACAGAAUAUAGAAACAACAAGUUGUGUAUUGAAUAAUGUUUAAAAUUUGUGCUGAAAUUUGGCUUUUUCAUCCAUGAUUCUUCUCAUUGUUGUUUGGACGCCGAACGUCAUCUUAGCAUUUGCGUGCUAGAUGGAUCAUUAUCAGCUGCGACCACAAGAGGGCGGUAGAGGAACAAAAAGAAAAUCAUCUUUGUUUAUUACAGUGGGCUCUUUGCACCUGCCGCGCUGACGUCACAACCGCAUGCGCAAAUGCGGCUCUUUUUUUCCGCUUUGAGUUACCAUGACAGCUAGAAAAGACAAAGUGUUAUUUCAGACGAAAAUAAAACCAUACUAUGAACAUUGCUUUCUUCCUACACUGUCAAAAAUAUCCGUAAAUUUUACAGUUAAAUAAAGUAAACCAUGAAAAUUUAAAACCGUAAAUUGGAAAUCAGUUUUAGACUGUUUCUUUAACAAGUAAUUACCGUAAAUAAGAUAAUUAGGAAAAAAUGUAAUUUUUACUG